AUGGAGAAAUCAGAGCAAGGUACUUACUUAAGCCAAAGCGUCACAUUUGAGAAAGACCUAGUCUCCUUCUUGAGAGGCUGGAUGAUAGUGAACUUCAAGAGAAGCCUCUUUGUGGUUGACUGUACAGUCCUGUGGUUUGAUAGCCAAAAGGGUCACAGUGCAGGCUUCCUGUAUGAGUUCAAAAGAGAAAAUCAGCAAAAACCAACCAGAAUAAUCCAUCUUGGUGGUGGAAAAGUCUAUGAAAGUGGGGAAGAAUUCGAAGAUCCAGAUACUAAAGAGAGGUUCAAAGCCUUCGAAGUGACUAUUGAUCACGUUACCUACCAAAUUGUACCAGAGAAUGAGAAAAAUUAUGAAGUCCUACUAGAGGUCUUCCUCAAGAUGGUCGAACUCCCUACUCCAAGCACCAGGAAACGCACAAUAAUUGCCAAAGGAGCAGUUGAAGUGGUCAAAACUCCAUGGAGAAUAGUCAGAAUGGUGACGUAUUCACUAGAGAAAGUUAGCGAGGCCACUAGGGCAACUCCGAAUGUCCUUACAGAGUUUAAAAGGGAUAAGAAAGGUAAAAAGAAGAAAUCUCAACCAGGAAAUGCUAUAUCAGGAGUCUACAAGGGAUCGACCAUUUUUGUAAAAUCAGUUUUUGAUGGUGUCAGCGGUGUUGUUCUCAAACCAAUCAAGGGAGCUAAAGAAAAGGGAUUCAAAGGAGCUACAGUUGGGGUUGGAAAAGGAAUCAUUGGUCUGGUGUGCAAACCAAUCGCUGGUGGGAUAGACAUGCUCACUAACACUGUUAGAGGGAUUGGAAACACUCCAAAGAGUCUUUAUAAUGGGACUAAGAAAAUGUUUAAAAAGGAUGAUUAUAGAAAGCACAAUAAAAAUUACAAGCAUCCUGCAAUCAAGCCUUAUAUCCCUGGUGAAUCAAACAUCAAAGACAUCGAUGAGCUAUAUGUGGGCUCUAAUGAUGAAGGCGAGAUUUAUGUAGAUAAGAAGGAACUCAAGAGACUUCUGAAAGCCUCUGGCUACAAGAAGGAUUCAUCAAAAGACUCCAUUUUUGCUCAGAUAGAUGCCCAGACUGGUGAGCCAAGCGAAGAUCUAGGCAGAAUAAUCAAAGAGUUCAUUGUUAAGAAAGGCUUAACAGUCAUUAAAAGAAGUAAAGAAGAGGAAGUAGAUGACAUUGAUUUCUAUACCUGUCAGGAUGAAGAGGAAUCCCAGAUCCUUGCCUCUGAGGACUAUGAGGUUUUCAUGCUUAAGCCUAUGGAAAUAACUCCAUAUGACGUAGAAAGUGAAGAAGAUAGGAAGAUGGAAGGAACAAUAAGUAUAAUCUCCAUUGAUGGAUCCAAAUAUGGUGAUUCUAAUUCUGAACUGAAGAAUAGCCAUCUAUCUAGAACUAUAGAAGUCCAAGAAACCCCAGAAGAAAGAGAGAAGAAGGCUAAAAGAGAGAGAAUUGUCAAAAUGGCUAAAAACUUAAAGACUCUUGAAAGAUCAGAUGACUUUAGGAUCAAUGACGCUCAUCCAAUAGGAGGAUUUGCUUUAUUAGACCAAGAAGUUAUUAGAAAAUAUAGAAAUGUAGCAAAAGAGGCGAUUAAAAGGGUUGGAUCUCAACUUCUUAGAGGGAAAAUAAGUCUCACCUCUGUCUCCUUUCCAAUAAAAUGAAUGGGGAAAUUGUCCCAUCUUGAAGCUAUGACUUCUAUUCUUAAUGUAUUUCCAUCCUACCUGACAUGAUCAGCAUAUCAAACAGACCCAGUGGAAAGGAUGAAAUGGUUUUUGGUAGCCUUGGUCUCAUCGCAUUCCUCGACACACCACUUCGAUAAACCUCUGAAUCCGAUCCUUGGAGAAACAUUCAGCUGUGAAUGAGAUGAUGGGUCGAUUGCGUAUGCUGAGCAGACAUGUCACAAGCCACCAGUCACACACGCUCAGUUUUACGGGCCUGACGAUUGUUACGUCCUUAGUAUGCACUCAGGAAUCAAUGCUAAAGCAGGUUUUAACUCGAUCACCUUAACAUGCUUCGGGAAGAAGAACAUCGUCUACAAAGAUGGGGGGCGGAUCUAUUCGAACCAGCCUCCUGGCGAUCUUCUCCAGAAUACUUUCUGGGGGACUCUUACUCACCAAUUUACGGGCAAGGUCGAGUAUUUCGAUGACGAAAAUGGCCUCUACGCUUGGUACGAGCCUGGGACUCAAGACAUCCAAGACUAUAUUGUGGGAGCUAUAGAAAAAGACGGGGAAGUCGUUUCUAAAAUUUAUGGAAAUUAUUGCGGAUUCCUCAACUUUGACAGAACAAGGUAUUGGGAUGCUAGGAGUACCAUUAAGUUCCAAGUAAAGCCCCGGGAGGAGGGAAAACUUCCCUCUGACUCUAGCUACAGGGAGGAUCUCAUCUCCUACAAAGCUGGGAAUGUGGAUGAGGCUCAGAAUAACAAAGAAAUGCUCGAACAGAUUCAAAGAAAUGAUGCCAAGCUGAGAGGCCAUCACUAA